AUGAAUAACCCAUAUAGAGUUCCUGGUGCUUUUCUUUCUUAUCCAUUUCUUCUUUUUCUAUUGACAAUUCCAUCAGGAUAUUGCUUUGCAAUCGAUACCUUAACUUGGUUACAGCACUUAUCAACAGAGCAAACUCUCCUCGCAUCUGGUCAAAUCUUUGAGCUAGGCUUCUUCAGUCCUGGUAAUUCUAGUAAGCAGUAUGUUGGGCUAUGGUACAGGAAUAUAUCUAUCCGUAAAGUUGUCUGGGUGCUGAGCAAAGAGCAUCCUCUUCUAGCUUUAGACACUAGAGCAAGUCUAACAAUUGGUGAAGAUGGAAAUUUGGUAUUGUUGGAUGGAAAUGGAAACAUAGUCUGGUCGACCAAUGUUUCUGUCAAGUCAAAUAGCUUGACUGCAAUGCUUUCAGAUAAAGGAAACUUCAUUCUCAAGGAUAAUAUUUCUGGAUUAACUUUAUGGGAAAGCUUCAAUUAUCCCAAUAACACUUUCUUUCCAGGCAUGAUGUUGGGAUGGAACAUGAAAACAGGAGAUAAACGCUUACUUUCUUGUUGGCAGGCCGAUGACAAUCCUUCGCCUGGAAAUUUUGUGGCUGGGCUUUCCCUGGAUACGCCACCACAAGCUUUUAUUUGGAAUGGUUCCAAGCCCUACAUGAGAGGUGGACCAUGGAAUCAAUGGAGGUUCAUAGGUAUACCAGAUAGUGAAGGCAGAUGGAAUUGGGUGGGAGACCUUAUGGAUGUUCAGCAGUUUUCAUUUGAUGGGGAAGUCUUCUUCCUCCGGCUUGCAUAUUCAGAGCUAGGUGAUGACAAGACAAAGCAUGAACUUAUCAUCAGCUUUUUAGGAAUUUCUGGCCCCAAAAUCAGUUAUGUUAACAUCCCUAAAUCAUGUGAUCUUGCCACCAUAUACAAGAAAUCUAAUAAAUUAUUUCUCUUCAAUGUGUCACAAACAUUAGGAAAUAGAAGAGCCAUACGAAAGAACACUGUUUUGGCUGAUCCAAUGGACAACUCACAAGAAAUUCUACGGUUGGGUUGUGUAACCCAAGGAGAGUCACCGGAGCUACCAAUAUUUGACUUUGAUGAAAUAUUAGUUGCUACAAAUAAUUUCAACAGAACAAAUAAACUAGGGGAAGGCAGGUUUGGUCCGGUUUAUAAGGUAAUAAAAUCAUUCUCUUAG